UCCGAAUAAUUUCUUAAUUUUGUUACAAAAAACGAUCACAUAACUGUUUAACCGCCUAUCAAGCUUGUGUUUUUGUUUUGUCACUCCAAAUCUAGUAUUAUUGGACAAUUGUAUCUUUAUAAGUUAUUUUGUAAAUAGGGUACAACUUUAUUAGACGGCUUCUUCGGAAAGAAACGUUGCCCAACAGCCUUCAUCUUCAGUCUGUUGUCCAUCUCCAUCUCCAUUUUCGGUAUGCCCAACAGCACGGGUUUCGCUUGGGUAGAUGAAAGAAAGGCUUAUCACCAAACAUGAUGCUUUGCCAAAGCCAGUCAAAAUUUGCAGUGAUCAACGACCUUAAAGUUUCUCUGUUUCAAAGGCUUGAAGAACUCGGGAUCUUGUGAGAUGGUGUUGGAGACGAUCACCAAAUUAGCAUCAGGAAAGAAGCAAAAGCCUUGCUCCACUGUAAGAAAUUUACUAAUGACCGACCACAUAACCGGUUGACCUAUAACCAAAUUGAUUAUUCCCGGUUCUUCAAUUUGGUUUAAGACAUUCGGAGAAAAAACCCUCAGUGAGUAAAAGAAGAAGAAGAAGCAGAAGAGGAGGAAGAGGAUGGCGGGAUAUGAGAGCUACGUGGUCGUUCACAACAUAGCAAAGCGUCACAACGUCGGUACACUAGCUCGAAGCGCCACGGCGUUCGGUGUAACGGAGCUGAUCCUCGUGGGGCGCCGUGACUUCAACGCCUUUGGAAGCCAUGGUUCGGCUUCUCACGUCCGUUUCCGACACUUUCACUCCCUAAUCGAAGCUCGCAACUACCUCAAGGAGGAGAAAGAGUGCGAUAUAUGCGGCGUUGAGAUUGCAGAGGGAGCUGCUCAGGUCAACGACCAUCCUUUCAAAGGAAACACUGCCUUUCUUCUCGGUAAUGAGGGAUCAGGAUUAUCUGCCAAAGAGUAUGAGAUAUGUGACUUCUUUGUCUACAUUCCUCAGUAUGGCUGUGGCACUGCCUCCCUCAAUGUUACUGUUGCAGCUUCUAUUGUCUUGCAUCAUUUUGGAGUCUGGGCGGGGUUUUCUGAACGUGUCCGAGAUGGAAGCAAAUUCAUAGUUGCUGAUAAACCCGUUAGGCAAGGGAGACGGAAUUUCUGUGCUGGUACAGAAGAAUCCAUCGUUGAAGAGCGGAAGCUGAGGAAAGAAAGCGCAGAAAACGGCUUCUUUGAUGAAAACGGAAGCGAAACUUCAUCCACCGACCUUCUGAACGGUUUGUUCCUUGACGAAUAGUUGUCUUUCAAUAAGGAACAUAGUCUUGAUUUUUUGGUUCAGAUUCCGGGGAAGAUCAAGACCAUUCCCUUAGAUAUAUAUAUAUAUAUAUAUAUCAAUCAAGCAGAGUCAGCUCCUUCCUUAGUUUACAAAGCCUCUAUAAUCUUUGUUUUGCAAGUAGAGGUUGCUGAUGGUUUAAGUUGAUAGUCGUAUCUCUUUGCUCUUGUGUUGGUAUUAGUAUGAACAUGUUUGAUGAUGGUGAUCGUAGUUUCUCUUUGCUCUUGUCUUUACAAUUACCACAUUUCCACCAGACUUGUUAUCAUUUUCUUAUAAAUAUCUAUUGCCUUCCUGUGUUACUGA